AAGUGUUGGAGUCAUCGGUUGUGUCCUGUCAAGAUGAUCAAGCAUCUGGUUCAUCGUCUGCCAAAGAGGUGUUAAAGCCAUCUGUCGUGUCUGCUCAAGAUAAUCAAGCAUCUGGUUCAUCGUCUUCCAAAGAAGUGUUAAAGCCAUCUGUCGUGUCUGCUCAAGAUAAUCAAGCGCCUAGCCCAUCGUCUGCCAAAGAAGUGUUAAAGCCAUCUGUCGUGUCUGCUCAAGAUAAUCAAGUGCCUGGCCCAUCGUCUGCCAAAAGAGUGCGAAAAAAGCGACCGGUCGUGUCUGCCGACGAAGAGGCGUGGAAUAUGUGUCUUUUUCUGUACUGCGACCCAAGUGGGCGUCCAUACAAUUUCUGUGAUUUUGUGGAACCACUGAAAGCACUCGGACUUAACCACGACAUCGCAGGCCUUGGACCGGUGCAAGGAAGGUGGCUGCUUAAGCUGAAGACAACUGAGGCUCUGCAAACCCUCGCAAAGGCUGGGAGCAUGCUGGUGAAAGGGCGGUACUGCGCCGUCGUUGAGCCUGGUGUGGAAGAGAUUUGGAUGAAGGUUAACUGGGUGCCGUUCAACAUCUCGAAUGCAUCUCUGCGGGAGGCGCUUCAGGAGUUUGGCAUCGUUAAGAAGGUGAGCUGCUAUAAGUGGUCUACGGACGAAGAUGUCCUCAACAGGACCGACCGGCACGUUCGCCUGCGCCUCAAGGAAGGAAUGAAAUCCAAAGACUUACCGCACCUGUGGACGUACCGCGGUGUAACACUUCUCUUCGUUGUCCCAGAUCGACCGCCAAUGUGUGAGAAGUGCAACAAUACAGGUCAUUUGUCGCUUCACUGUACAGCGCCGCGAUGCAGCAAGUGUCAAGCCUACGGACACACGACGUGUGAGCGUUCUGUGGAACCAGAAGAAACGCAAGUGACCCCGACUGCGGCGUGUGAGGAGGCAUGCACUUUCGAGAGCAAGCAAGAACCAGCCGCAGUCACCGAAACAACGGAUGAACAUCCUGUCGAAGUCUCUACGGGCACAGAAACUUCAAACAUCGACUGUGAACGGGAAAGUGGUUUCGAGAGCAAGCAAGAACCAGCCGCAUAGCCAAAAACAAUGGUUGAACGCCCUGUCGAAGUCUAUACCGGUACAGAAACUAGAAAACAUCGACCUGUGAAGGGGAAACUGGUUUCGAGAGCACGCAAUAAACAGCGCUAUUCGGCGAAACAACGGCUGAGCAACCGACGAUGUCUUGACUGAUACAGAAACUGGGAACACUGACUAGGUGUGACCAGAACGCGUCCUUGGAGAGUGGGAAACCGCGUCCACAAAUUGCCCCCGAUUGCAAAUGUCCCCGGUAGAAGAGGACCAAUCGCCUUCGCAGCCUUGAUCGUCAAGUCGGCCUGUAUACGGUCAGCGCCGAAAUGGUGGCCUGCACCUCCUACAGUGGCCUUUGGGAACAUUCCGUUUAAACUACUCAAAGUGGACAUUGGGUAACUCGGCAGUAGACGAAGCAGUUUCACCUGUUGCGCAGUAUGAACAAAAGAAAAAAAUAAUAAUAGUU